GAUGAGAACGGUCACGAGGAGACAAGAGAAAAGGAACCAAAGACGAGCGAUGAGCGAUUCACUGCCAUAUUUGGUAUGUGAAUGCGCUCAUCGUUGUUAUCUUGCGGCUUAGAAAUCACUCGCUUCGUCCAAUUCCGCGCUUCUAUUCGCUCGUUUCCGGCACCACCAUCUCAUGCACCUGGCGCCAGAUUCCGACCAACCACAGCCGUUCGUCUAGAUGAAGUGCCUAAAGGGAGCCGGGCCCGAAAAGGGUUGCACUUUGCGAGGGACCUUUUGCCUCCUGUUGGUUGUUUUUGUGGCUGCCACUUACAGGGGACGACAAGAAAUCGAAUCAUCGCCGUCGCAAUAAACCAAAGACCAAACAGCGUGUGGAGAAGCGGUGUCUUGGACCGGAGAUAUCGAGGUCAAGGUUGUUGUGAUGGGCUGCUUGCAAUCGGCAAGGGUUUGUUGGACCAUUGGACGCCACAACCGGGCUGUGACAAUGAUAGAACGCACUUGGUGCUGAUGAGAGAAGGGAAUGACAUUCGCGUUGGUCAGCUCCUGCGAGUCUUUUUCCACAGGAUUGCUUCUUUUACCCGGUCAAACGCCGGACCGUGUGGCACGUCGUUGAGACGUUUGCUGAUUCGACGAUUCGCAUGAAAUCUGUAAUUGUCUGACAAGAUGGCUGUCUCUCUUGUUCUCUCUCUCUCUUUUUGCGAUCGGCAACACUCGCUAUCGCUCGGCCCCGUUGUUUCCCCCCUCCCGAAAGCAAGGGUUUUCAACGGUUGGCGAUUUGAUUCUCUUCAAGAUCCGAUAGA